AUGCUGCACGACAAUUAUUGUAGUGAUAGUGAGAGUUAUCGAGAAGGAAGCACAAGAUGGCUAGAUGACAUGAGUGAAGUCGCCGAGGAUUCUGAUGAGGAGGUGGUUUACAUCUCUAGUGACGAGUCAGCACAUGGAGGAGACCUUGGCGACAGGAUACGGGUGAAGCCGUCCAGGGAUAUAUGGGAGCUAGAAGAAAUACAAAGUACACUCAAAAAGCUGCCGUACGCUGAAGAAAUGGGGACAUUAUUGGAAAACGGUCAAUAUGAGGAGACGAUAACUUCAGCGGCACAAGCAGACCAUGAAGGAAUAAGGACUGCUGCCCUUUGGGCGUCUUGGAUGGGAAAGAGUUCAGUGCUACACAAGCUGCUGAAGUUAGGAGCAGAUGCGAACAGCACAGAUGAUUCUGGAAGGUCAUGUCUCCACCUUAGUUGUUUAGUAGCAAACGAAGAAUGCGUGAAUGAGCUUUUGGAGCAUGGGGCAGACCCCAACAUGUGGGACUCAAAUACAGACAGAAAGGCAACACCGUUGCACUGCGCCGCUAGUGCGAAGUCGGUGAACUGUGUAAAGGCCCUCUUAAAUCACGGAGCUGACGUGAAUGCAGGUUUGAGCGAGCAUUCUCCACUGCAUUAUGCUGUAUUAAGCGAUGCACCGGAUGUCGUGAGCACACUUUUGGACGCAGGCGCAUGCGCUGACACUCCACAGGUCUUCACUGAAACUCCUCUUCACGUAGCAGCCUCUCUUGGUUCUGCGACAUGUGUCAAAUUACUUCUGGAAUCCGGGGCAGAUGUGAGGGCAGCGUUGGGUCCAGGUCGAGCAACCGCAUUGCAUUUAGCAGCUGUUGAUGGCCACGCUGAAUGUGCACGGUUACUCCUGGAUCAUGGAGCUUACAUUGACUGCCAGAACUCUAGAGGACAAACCGCUCUCCAUCUUGCGGCAUUAGCACAGUCUGUGGAAGUAGUAGAACUAUUAGUGGACCGUAGAGCAGACGUGAAAGCUCAAGAUGUCGACGGCAGGACGCCAUUGCACGGAGCGAUAGUACGCGGCGCACGCGCAUGUGAUGUAGCUAGACUUUUGCUGUCCGUCGGUGCCGAUCCUAAUGUUGCGGACCACUUUGGAUAUACACCAUUGCAUAUCGCUGCGCUUAAUGAGUUUUCUGCUUGUGUGCUAUUAUUACUGGACUACGGCGGUGACGUCACCCUCCGUACUAAUGGAGGAGUUUCAGCUCUAUCAUUCAUCGUACGCCGUGUCCCGGAUGUGUUACCACGCUACCUUUGCAAGUUAGACGACGCAGUACACAUCAGUGAACAUGAGCUGGGAGAUGUUGAUUGUGAGCUGACCAUAGACUUUCGGCCUUUAGUACCAUGUCUGUCACGAGGCGAAGCGGAAUUGCUGUUAGCAUUCAUCGAUGUGGGAAGGAAAGAUGUUUUAAAACAUCCAGUCGCAGAGACCUUCCUCUUCUUAAAAUGGAGGAGAAUAAGAAAAUUCUUUGUUCUAAGUUUCGUUUACCACGCUUUGUUUAUUACGUUGUACAGUCUUUAUAUAUUACAAAUGUUCCUCUGCGAAGAUACGACAUGCAAUAUACCGAAUUAUCUUCGGCCGAUCCAAUAUGUGAUCCUUUUACUUAACAUAUUCUUUAUGCUGAAGGAAAUCUUCCAAUCUUGUCUCGAUUGGUCCGCAUACAUCAGACAGUGGGAAAACUGGUUGCAAAUUAUCAUUAUUAUUGGUGUAUUCUUAUGCACAGUCCCGACAUGGUACAUAGAUAAUGGCGAAGCGAGAAGAAACACCUCAACGUGGCAACACGAUGUUGCAGCCAUAACAAUAUUUUGUUGCUGGUUUGAACUAAUGAUGAUUGUUGGACGUUUUCCAACAUUUGGUCUAUACGUUCAAAUGUUUACAACGGUGACAGUCAAUUUCGCAACAUUUCUGAUGGCGUACAGCUGUCUCUUGAUUGCAUUCGGUCUGGCAUUCAGUGUUCUCUUCAGUAACUAUCCGCCAUUCCACCUACCAGCAGCGUUGGUCAAAACUGUUAUGAUGAUGAGUGGUGAAUUGGAGUAUGAGGAUAUAUUUUACAGCGAAUGUUCUGGGUCACAGUUGCAGUACCCGAUCACUGCACAUGCCAUGUUCCUGAUAUUUGUCGUACUCGUUACGGUUAUAUUGACCAAUUUGCUCGUAGGCUUGGCUGUUAGUGACAUUCAGGCUCUUCAGGAAAGUGCCGGACUAGACAGACUUGUACGUCAAACGCAAUUAGUAGCGCAUCUAGAAAGCAUGUUGUUUAGUUCGAUGUUGAUGUGUGCACCAAAACAAUUGCUCGCUGUGUUACGCUGGGGAGCGUUGCUAACGGCUUCUCAUAUGCGUACACUGAAUAUAAGGCCCAACGAUCCUAGGGAAAGUAGAAUACCAAAAGACUUGAUAGCAUCCGUCUACAAAAUGGUUGCCAGCCGUAAAGACACCAAGAAAAGUGUCCGUAAAAAUAAUAAUUACGAAUUCCGCAUACGAAAGUGUGACGGCGAGGACAUUGAAAGACAACUAGUGAAGCGAAAAAGUUAUUUAUAUGACAGAUUUUCUCUUGACAGCCAAAAUGUGGAAAGACGAAAACGGACCACUUCUGAAUCAAAUAGAAAUAGGCCUAUGUCGUUUAAUUUGAAUGCAAUACAAGAACUGUGUAUUGUUGAUGUGAAGAACCAGUUAGUUGAUGUAACGAAAAAAUUAAACAAACUGAUAGAUAUAACAGAUGGCCGGUUAACUUUAAUUGAAAAUAAAUUAAAAGAAAAGCAACCUCCAUAA